AUGGUGUGUUGCUUAGGACUCACUCUUGGUAUAUCUUGUUACAUCAACCGUCUUCUUCAACCUAUCUAUGAUCAAGCGACUCGUUCAACAACAUUUUUCAAAGCUAGUAAUGCUGUACAUGCACUAGAAAACUAUACCAAAGAAGCUCGUUUACAAUCAAAUACAUUAUUUGCUACUGUACACGUCAAUCAUUUAUGUACAAUUAUGCCUCAUGAGCAAUUGACGGAACCAUUACAGCAUUUUCUCUAUGAUUAUGUACCAGAUAGACAAGUACAAGGAUUAACUGUUGAUGCUAUUAUUGAGUUAAUUCGUUUUGUUUUACAAAAUCAAUACUUUAUUUUCGAUAACAAAAUUUAUCGACAAAUUAAAGGUUGUGGUUUUGGUCAACCCCAACUUCGAACUAUAAUUAAUCACGAUAAUGAUAUUGAACCACGUGGAUUAUCUUUUAUAUCGAAUCAUCCACCUGUAAUGUAUUCAACAUUAAUUCAAGCAUGUCUUAUGCAUGCAGCAGUAAUUCGCUCCAAAGUAUCUGAUUUUCACAAUGAACGCUUUGAUGUUCAAAUAGUAUUUUUAAAUAACGGCUAUUCAAUCACUUUUAUAACAGAACAUGUUGAGCAAUUGUUCCAAGAUUUUCAUAUUUCCAAUUGGAAAUCAAAUUUAAAUCAAAAUACCUAUGAUAAAAUGCGUGAAGAAAUUAUCGAGUAUGAUCAACAACAUCAAGAAAUGAAAAUAAAACAACGAUGA